CACCUCAGCCUCUCAGCCAGUGCCCAUUGCACGGGGGUCUAGCCAGUUGGCCGUGGGUCAACCCUGUGGUGUGAGUUCCCUGAGGACAGGACACUGUCUGUCUCGCUCGGAUUCAUAAUAUUUCCCGUGCCUGGCACACAGGAGGUGCCCAAGGGAGGAGGGAGGCUGAGCGCUGGGCACCAUGACCACCCCAGGGCUUCCCCCAGGUCCUUGUGGGGAAGUCAGCUGGGGGUGGACAGUGGACACAUGAGAGGGCCAGGACUGGUGGAGUUGGGGGUACAUGCAGGAGCUCUGGGGGCCUAACCCAGCUUUGGGGAUAGGUGGUCUAGAGAAGCUUCGGAGAGAGUCGCCUGGUAUUGGGCUUUGAAGGGUGGGAGGAAGGGCCUUCUUUGAGCAGGAACAGCAAGAGUGAAGGCAGCGAGCAGGAGAGGGGGCAUGCGCGAGGCCUGCAUGUUCUGAGGGGCAGGAGCCUGAGAGGAGGCGGGCUGUUGCAAGCUCUCUUACCCCCAUCCGCAGGGAUGCAGUCACAGGCUUCCUUCCUCCCAGGCCCCCUGCCCGUGCCCAGGGCACCUGGCUGUUUAUGGAAGCCCGACCCCCCGGGAAGCCUCCUCCAAUCUGUGCUGCCCUGAGAGGCUGGCCCCGGACAGGACACCCCCUGCUCUACUCAGGCUUGAGGGCUGAAGGCAGGUGGCAGUAAGUGUAGGCCCAGCCUCGCCUGCCUGCUGCCUGCCCAGCAGACCUCACACGCUCCCACCCAGUUGUCCUGGAAGCCGGCUGUUCUCUUCCUGAGCCUCCCCUCCGUCUGCCCUAGGCGGGGGACCACAGGGCCUGAGGAGGAAGCUGAGGAUGAAGCUGAGCCCUCCACCGUACUGGCCGCUGUCCUGCUUCCUUGUGCUGCUGCCCUGGCCUCUGGCUAUGCCAACAUCAACGACCCCUUGGCAGUGCCCACCCGGGGAGGAGCCCAACCUGGACCCGGGGCAGGGCACAUUAUGCAGGUCCUGCCCCCUGGGCACCUUCUCAGCCUCGUGGGGCUCUAGCCCAUGCCAGUCCCACUCCCGCUGCAGCCUUCGAGGGAGGCUGGAGGCCCAGGCGGGCACAGUGACUCAAGACACACUAUGUGGAGACUGCCGGCCUGGGUGGUUUGCCCCUUCAGAGGUCCCCCGUGCUCCCUGUCAGCCGUGCUCCUGGACACCUCUGGGUCCUCACGGUUGUGAUGAGCGGAGGAGGCGGACCCGGCGUGGUGUGGCGGCGGCGGCGGGGGCCAGAGGCACCGGGGAGACUCGGCCGCCCGGGAACAGCACGCGGGCAGGCGGGCCCGAGGAGACAGCGGCCCCGUACGCAGUUAUCGCCAUCGUGCCCAUCUUCUGCCUCAUGGGGCUGCUGGGCAUCCUGGUGUGUAACCUGCUCAAGCGGAAGGGCUACCACUGCACUGCCAACAAGGAAGUCGGGCAGCAAGGAGGUGGAGGCAGCGGGAACAACCCCGCCUACGGGGCUGAAGACGCCAACGAGGACACCAUCGGGGUCCUGGUGCGCCUGAUCACGGAGAAGAAAGAGAAUGCAGCGGCCCUGGAGGAGCUGCUGAAGGAGUAUCACAGCAAACAGCUGGUACAAACCAGCCACCGGCCUGUGCCCAGGCUGCCGCCCGGACCCAGCAGGCCGUACAUCUGCCCACACUACCACCACCUCCACACCGUGCAGGGCCUGACCUCGCUCUCUGGCGUCUGGUGCUCCCGUUGUAACCAGAAGUGGCCCGAGGUGCUGCUGUCCCCUGAAGCUGCGGCCGCUACCACUCCCACUCCCAGAUUUCUACCCAACCCAGCCAGGGCGCCCAAGACCGGGGCCAAGGCCGGACGCCAGGGCGAGAUCACUAUCUUGUCUGUGGGCAGGUUCCGCGUGGCCCGAAUUCCUGAGCAGCGGACAAAUUCAUGGGCCUCUGAGGUGAAGACCAUCACGGAGGUUGGGCCCUCAGUGGGUGAUUUCACUGACUCCCCACAAGCUGGCCACCCCACUGAGCAGCGGGCACUCCUGGGAAGUAGUGGGAGCCAUACUAAGUGGCCAAAGCCCUCAGCAGAGAAGAAGGCCGAGGAGAGCCGCUAUGUGGUCCGGCUAAGUGAGAGCAACCUGGUCAUCUGAGGGCACCGCAGCCCUGUCCUGGGAGGUCCGAAGGCUUCCUGGAGGAGGUCGAGCUGCAGCUGGGCCUGCAAGGAUCCAGAAGCAAUGGCCCAGCAGACAAAACGGCAAGGCCGGAGGUGGCAGUGUCUGCCCCAGCGAGGAGGCCGCGGCAGGCGCAGUCACAGGAGCAAGUUGGAAACCCACCCGUCCCUGCCACCCAGUUCCUUCCCUGCAGGAUGCCCUGACCCUGUGCCCUGGUCAGAUCCUGGGACCCGUAAGAUCCUCUGUGCCACCAGGAGGCCAGGCCCUGGUGAUGGGAGGGGCCCUCUGCUUGGCACCCCUGGCCCCACCCUUGGUAAUUAGCCACCUCCUGCCUCUGUCCAGGGCCCCAGAGCAGAUGUGCCUCCCCUCCUCUCCCAGCAGGACCUGUGCAGAGGAGGGGCAACAAAAUGUCACAGGCAGGGAGUCCGAAUCCCUGGGUUCUAAUCCCUGGCAAAUCCCUGGCCGUCUCUGGGUCCCCCUUUUUCUGACUGUGAAGUCGCAGUGCCCCAGGCCUCUCCAGCUCCCUGCGGGCUCUGGGCUGUGCUGUGGGUGCGAGCUCACCUCCUUGCCGCCCCUCCCGCUAGUCGCUUCAUCUGGCCCCAUUUUUGCUGCUUUCAGGGCCUCUGCCUUCAAGGCCCCCAUGGGGCUGCCCAUCCACGGCUCUGCCCACAGAAGGGGCUGAAUGCAUGUGCCUGCCUCCGACCUGCUGUUUUUAUUUAUUCAAAUUGAUAAAACAGACCUGACCUGGGUGGGGCCUAGCCACCCCCACGAUAUCAGGAGCUUUGGGGGAGGUGUGUGACAGGCUGGAGAGGCACCUCUGCCUUAGGUGGUCUGUGUCCCUGUGGUGUUGGUGUGUCUGUCCCUUAGUGUGGGCAGUGCAGGCAGCUGCCCCGCCCGUCUCCACCCUGGCUCAGCAACCUGGUUAUUUAUGUGGGCUGUGCAGGCACGGGCCCCACUGUUGCCCCAUUUCUUAUUUAUUGAAACUGUGCCGUUGUCCUGUCCUUGCAUCUCCAGCUCCAUCCAUUUGUUGAAUAAAAGGUGGGAGAGUUGUGU